AUGGAGGAAACUCCUUUGAGCCAGCCAAGUCCUCGGGGGGAACAGAGGUUCAGGAAACCAUGGCUCUUAUGCAUAGUUCCUCUGUUGCUGCUGCUGUUCUAUGCCACGGGUGCACUGAUCUUUACUUCACUCAAGCCAACUGCCAAAGAUCCCUGUAUGGUUAAGUUUGAACUAUUACCCUCAAAAUGGCAAAUGACAUCUCCUGAACCUCUUUGUGUAACUAUGACAUCUGAUGGGAAGCUGGAGAUACUUCAGGAUGGUGUGUAUUUAAUCUACGGCCAAGUGACUCCUAUUCCUAAAGAAUCCAUAACAAACUCUGCUGAAUUUAUAGUAGAGUUAGUUAAAAAAGGAAAUGUUUUACAAUCUGCAACAAAUGACUUUCAAAUAUUAACUAUAGGAGGUAUUUAUGAACUGCGUGCUAGAGAUACCAUAUAUUUGAGGUUCAAUUCUGAUGACCAUAUUCAGAAAAAUAAUACGUACUGGGGGGUCAUUUUAAUGCCAGAGCUCUCAUUCAGCUCCUAG